GGGAAGUAUUAGUUCUGUCUGAUCAGGGAAGUACUACGUGCACGUCAGGUGCGGGCUGUUGUAAUCAGGGUUCUGGAGGGAUUUUGGGUGUAGUAAUCACUCGUGGGGAUCGAUUGGAUCAGUCGGGUUCUGUCUGAUCAGGGGCAAGUACUUUCAGAAAGAAGAAACGUGGUCGUUUCGGUUUCUCUUCAUAUACAUAGGUACUUUGUUCCUGUUUUAUUCGGGCAGGUCAUCAGGGGCUCUUUGAUGUUCGUGAACCCCUCUGUUUGGUGAUGAUCUAUAUUUAUAUGAAUGUCGUGGUACUACUGGGUGAACUACUUUCUUAAAUUAUCGUUGUUCCUUGCUGCUCUUAGAAAGGAUCAUGUUGUCAAAAAAAAAUAGAAUGUACUCAAAGGCACCUAUGCUGGCUAAUGUUUUUCGUGCACCCGUCAUACAGGGUUCGUUGUUUUUCGUUACCAUUCUUGGCAAGUAAAAACAUCAAUAUCUAAGCAAGGGAUUUUUCAUCGAGUUUUUAUUGGGGAACUUCUAUCUUCAACCACGGGAACAAUAUGUGUCGAAUCUUGUAAGUUAGUCUCAAUCGUGGUGAAGCAUCGGUGUCUUUCUUUCAGCUGUAACGAGUUGAUCUGAUCGCGUCGUGGUAGUCGUCGAACGAGUGUGCGUUUCCAGUCAGGUUGUCCGUGCUGAUGAUAGGCUUGUUGAAGCAAAAGAAUUGAAAUACCUUUUAUUGGGGAACUAUCAACCAGGGGAACAAUUACAAUGUAGUUGGACAGAACCCAGAGUCAUGAUGUAGUUGGGGACGAAAUUCGCGAUGGAUGUUUCAAUGACGUGUUGGUUGACUACUUGUUGUACUUCUUCUCACGGGAAAAUUCGAAAAACGAGACCGCGUUUGAGUUUUUACUUAAAAAACUAGUGUUUUCGGAGUGUGCUUAUAAUGCUUUUGCGUCGUAUGCUAUACCCAUUCCAGCUCUAAUAUGCUGGUCACUCACAGAGCAAGACUUUUCAUUCUUCUCCGAGACUUAGACUUUUCACUAGGUUGAUCAAGAGCACUGGGGAGUAGGAAGUCGUCCUUCAUUCUUCUCCGAGACGAUCUAACUGAGUAACUACACAUGAUUUGAUGUGAUUUAUCAACGUGAUUAAGACGAGGGUACUAGAAGUAUGCAAAUAACAAUCCGAUUCCGCUCAUAUGUUUCUGCUUGGCGCAAUGUGCUUACAGUUCUAAAUCGGUCGUGAACACUAAAAGAAGUACUAGUUUGCUUCAGGCUAAAUUCAUUUUUAAUGAUGUACUUCAACUUCAGGUCAAUGAUAAUUUUAUCGCUUUUAUUUUCUUUGCUUGUUUCUUCCUCGUUCGAUCAAUCUUGCUCCUCCUUGUACUUAUCCGACAAAAAGAACAGGAUGUUAGAGGAAGGUAGAUUAUUUUAGAUGUUUAUCGUUCACCUAGAUGAGGUAUCAGAUAGAGUGAGGAUCGCAACAACAACAGCUAGAAGAUUUGAGGUGAUAAAAACUGCUGUAGGAGUAGGUUGUACGACUUGUGCGUCGUUGUACAAUUGGUAAUAUGCUCACCUUCCUAGUCAAGACUAAAAGCUCAACAUUUUCAGGUUGGUGUUGGUCUUGGCUGUUGUUGUCUUGUAGUGAGUGCCAGCACUUCCUCAAUUAGAAGACAAAUUUUAGAUCAUGUAGCUGUUAAAAAGAAUGUGCUCGUCGUAAUAAUGUGUAUGAAUGACGAGCACAGGUUUUCUUUAUGUUGAUGUGCUUUUUUCUUUUUCAUCUUUCAAGACUCUCACACACGGCAUCUCUAGGUGCAACUCUCUUCAUUCACGGCACUUAAUUUCCUCUUCACAUGCUAUGUAUGUACUUCUUAUUUAUUACCAGGAGCUUUGCCUCGUCAACCAAAUCAAAAGCUAUUAUCGCCAUACCAACCCACUUAUACAUCCACCCUCUACCCUAUCAUUUAUAGUUUUUGUCACGGGUGGGCGACACCUACGACAUGGAAGAAGAUUCAUUUGGACGUUUGAUUUAUUCAUCCAUGCAAACGGUCAUCCAUGCAGCAAACUGUGUUGGGUUAGUGACAUACGAUAACCCAAGACAGAGCGGGUACAUUCAUUUAUUCUGUAUCUCUUCCUCUCACCUCUAUGCUUCUCAACGUCAAAUGAGAUGAUCAUAAUUGUAGUAUAAUUGUCGUGUAGUUGUACUAGUUGUGAAGUUGAUGUAUUAACUAGUAAGUAACUACUUGUAUCUAUAAUGAUCUCUAUAAUCAUGAUGUAUUAAUGAAGAUGUACUUCCAUGAUCUCGUCGUGGUCUACAGUAGUACCACUACCCGAGAUGAAAUACACUAAUAAAUAUGACCACUUCGGAAUCUGAAGUCCAAAUGCAUCUUCAACUUCAUCUUAUUAUUUGUAUGAAUGAAUCAUGAGUGAAUGCUUGGUGAAAAAAUUCAUAAAGAAUUCAGAAUUCGACCAUCAGUAGUCAGGAGGAACUUUUUCGCCCUGACAACUGUUUCGUCUUGACGAUACAUUUAGGGAAUGACUAUUAAUAGGAUCGAGAGGGUCCAAUGAGAAUGACGAAAACGAAUGAUUAGUAGAGACGCACCGCCAAUAACGACGACCAUUGUCGUUGAGGUAAUUUUUAUACGUCGAAGGGGACCACGAGAACAUUUCAUCUUGUGAAAAACAAAGCGCAGCCGAAUGGUUCUCGUUUAGACGAAUUGUUCUCGAGGCGCUGGUCCUUAUCCUAUCAAAAAAGGAGAAGGACGAAGUCCGCCAGUUCACAGCAGGUUCGAAUGAAAUCUUCUUCAAGUGUUUAUAGUAGCUUUUGGGACAACAAGAGGUGAAGGUGAGGUGAAUGACUACAAAAACACGACUGCGUAGCUCAACAAAAAGUUCAAGUUGUUAAAUUCCAUUACUCUAAAUUGUCUUGGUCGUGUCAUGAGAAUGAACUCUUUUCGGUAGUCCUAGAUGUGGCACAGAAGAGGUUAUACGAGAAGUAUCUAUGCAUGGGAUCGAUGACGAACAUCAAUUAUAUAAUCUACUACUACCUCGUCGAACCACCAGGAAACACACAAUCCCACUGACUACGAGAAGAUACCAUGAUCCCUCCAUGAAAAGGAUGAAUAGCACCUUCCUACUUCUUACUAAAUACUACCUUGGUCCCUCACCUUCACGACCAUGGCCACGACUUCUGAUACUAUGAACACCACCUACCACUAACUGCCACUACAUCUUGACCACAUCUUGACGAUGACGAAGUAUCUUGAACAUCUUGAUCAUCGUUUAGAACAUUCAUUGCAAGCAGAAGGAGCCUCACUUGUGAUUGCUGCUGCUGAACGACACUAAACUCUUCAACAUCGACCUCAUGAUAGGCACAU